AUGGGUGAAAACACAGGCAUCGAUUUGUCUCCUGACAAGUUCAACAAGCUCUAUCUCAAUGGAGAAUACGUCGAUGCCAAGUCCAAGGCGACUUACUCACUGAAAAACCCCAAAGACAACAGUGUUGUGCUGGACGGCAUACCAAUCGCCGGAGCAGAGGAUAUCGACCUUGCUGUAAAAUAUGCCGAGGAAGCAUUCAGUGGGCCGUGGAGGAAUUUCACCGGGAUGCAGAAGACAGAAUGUUUCAACCGGCUGGCUGCUCUCAUGGAGGAGAAGUUGAUUCCAAUCCUAACACUGGACUCGCUUACCUCCGGAAACCCCGUCUCGCUCAUCCCUACCAGGGAGAAGAAUUAUAUCAAAAACGGAUUAUUGUACUAUGCUGGCUGGACGGAUAAGCAAAAGGGGGAUUACUUUCCUGCCGAUGACGGAUUCGUUAAACUCGUCAGACACGAACCCUUGGGCGUUUGUGCCGCUGUGUGCCCCUUCAACGCCCCCGUAGCAACGUUCCUAGGCAAAGCCGCUGCCGCACUGGUCACGGGAAAUGUAUUGAUCGUCAAGCCCUCGGAGAAAACACCUCUCGGUACACUCGCCCUGGCACCGCUCUUCGAGCAGGCUGGGUUUCCGAAAGGCGUCGUCCAAGUCGUCACCGGACCAGGCGAAACCGGCGCCGUCCUAUCCCGCCACAUGCGCAUCCGCAAGAUCAGCUUCACGGGUAGCCUUCCCACGGGAAAGAAAAUCCAAAUCGCCGCCGCAGAAAGCAACCUCAAACGCGUGACGUUGGAGCUGGGCGGGAAAAGCCCCGCCGUGAUUUUUGACGAUUGCAACCUCGACAAGGCAUUGACCUGGACCAUCAACGCGAUCCUCGCGCGCUCCGGCCAAGUCUGCGUCGCUGCGAGUCGACUGUACGUGAAGAAAACUAUUGCGGACAAAUUCGUCGGGAAGUAUGUUGAGAGGAUGAAAGCCGCGGCCGCGGACCUAGGCGACCCACAGGACAUGUCGGUCAAGCUUGGUCCUCUACGUGGACGUGAAGAGGUCGAACUUGUCGUCGGUGGCGUCCAGCACGGCGAUACAGGCUGUUACAUGGAACCCACGGUGUUCCUCAACCCCAAGGCCGACGCGGAGAUUUACAAGAAAGAAAUCUUCGGCCCCGUCUCCAUCAUCAAGACCUUCGACACCGAAGAAGAAGUCCUCGCCAUGGCCAACGACACCGAAUAUGACUUGAUGUCCGGAGUCUUCACCCGCGACAUCACGCGUGCCCUCAGGGUUUCCGCCCUCCUGGAUUCUGGCGUCGUCGGGGUCAACUGCGUCAGCUACAUCAGCGUCCUCGUCCCGUUCGGCGGGAGGAAGCAGUCGGGCCUUGGGAGAGAGAUGGGCGAAUAUUAUCUGAGGGCUUUCACUGAGCCUAAAACUAUUCUGAUCAAUAUGAAUGCGUGA